AUGCCCUCUUCGAUUACACAUCCCCGCUGUCCACAAGCCCUGUCAUUGUCUUCCAACCAUGUCAACGAGACAUACAGUGUGGGGUCUUCAAGUCUUCACCUGUCUUUGCCUUUGGCUGCAGUGCACCCCCCAGGGGAGGUGCCUUCUGCAGGUUCUUCGAUCCAGGACAACAUACCCAUCGCAGCAUCCAAUGCCAACAUCGGCACAACAUCCACGGAGGAAGACGGUUUAUCACUGGUGCAAUGCAGAAGUCGACGUAUUGAUGUUCUCAUGUCAUCACAUUAUAGGCAGUACGACGAUGUACUCCCGCAGCCUCCCCCCAGUGUUCCAAGUCAUAUCGUUCAACAAACAGAAUCUAUCCCUGUCGCAAAUUCCACUAGUGUACUAACCACGGCUUGUACGUUGUUGCGACCCGCUCCUUUCUGCACGGCAAGGAAUGUAUUCGGACUAGUGCGCCAGUUUUUCUCUUCAACCCCCCCGUCUCAUGACCCAGAAGAGGCCGCAACACUUCACGAUAUUAGUUCUAUUCCUAUUCCUACUCCAGCAGGUCAGGAUGGCCCUGCUGAGCCUCACAACUUGUUUCACCCAUACCCCAAUCAAACAUCCUUUGAGCUUGGGCAUUGGUACUGGAAUGGCAUGGCACAGAAGUCGCACCAGAGCUUCAAAGGCUUGCUCAAUAUCAUCGGAUGCUCAGAUUUUGAUCCCAAUGAUGUGCGACAUACACAUUGGGACAAGAUCAACUCCAAAUUAGGUGCGAGUGUCGAUGAAGAGGAUGAUGAAUGGUUGGAUGAAGAUGCAGGUUGGCGCAAAACGGAAGUGACAAUCAAAGUCCCUUUCUCUCGAAUCACAGCUCAGCCAGGUGUUCAACCUUACAUUGCAGCAGACCUUUACCAUUGGUCUCUCAUAUUGGUUAUUUGCGAAAAGCUCGCAAAUGCUGAGGAUGUCGAACAUUUCCAUUACGAACCUUAUCAGUUGCGAUGGAAGCCCCCCCAUCUACCGCCAGAAGUCAACAUCCAAGGCGAACUGUACACUUCACCAGCUUUCAUGGAAGCUCACGGCACACUUCAGGAAUCUCCUGGAGAGCCAGGAUGUAAUUUACCUCGCGUGGUUACUGCGCUUAUGAUCUGGUCCGAUGCCACACAGCUGACGACAUUUGGCAAUGCAAAGUUAUGGCUGGUAUAUAUGUACUUCGUGAAUGAAUCCAAGUACUGCCAUUGUAAACUGUCUCACCAUCUCGGUAAUCACGUAGCCUACUUUCAAAAGCUCCCGGACGCAUUCAAAGACUUUAGGCUUAUGAGCAUGGAAUCAUCAUUCUCUGCUGCGACGGCAUCAAACAUAGGUUUUAACCGCGCAUAUUUACCUAUUCCACAGAUUAUCCCGAAAAGGUCCUCAUUGCCACUAUCCGGCAGCUCGGAGGAUGUCCCUGCUCGCGAUGUCUCAUACCGAGAACAAGGCUUCAUCAUCUGGCAUUAUGGUGUUGAUAGCAUAGCAGUUGAGACCAUCCUCAAACCUGAUUCGUGGGUGCCAACCUCCAAUGCAUUUCUAGAUACUCUCGCUCCUUUCGGAUUCAACAUCUUUGUUGCACUUGUUGUUGAUCUUUUGCAUGAGGUUGAACUCGGAGUAUGGCACAUGCUUCUAGUCCAUCUACUAAGAAUUCUUACUGCCUUGGAUAAGGACCUGAUCAAUAGACUCAAUGAGAGGUAUAGGAAGGUCCCUUCAUUUGGACCGGCCAUGAUUAGAUUGUUCUCUUCAAAUGUUUCUGAGAUGUCGAACAUGGCUGCGCGAAAUUUCGAAGAUCUUCUACAAUGUUCUAUCCCUGUCUUCGACGGUCUUUUACCCGUCCCUCACAACAAAGUUCUUAUGAAUCUCCUUUUCACCAUGUCACACUGGCACGGGCUUGCGAAGCUCCGUAUGCAUUCUGACAUCACUCUAAAGAUUCUCGACCAACAAACGACUCAUCUUGGUGAACAGUUUCGUCACUUCAAGGAAAAGGCCAAGGAUGCUGCUAAAUGCAAUGGAAAUGACCUUGGACGAGCUAAUGAAGAUAAUGGAAAAGGCAAAGGCAAAGGCAAAGGCAAAGUGAUAGAGCAGCUUCAGUAUUUACCCGCACCCAAGCAACCAAGGCGAAAGAAGUCUUUCAAUAUUCAGACUUACAAAUUUUAUGUACUUGGAGAUUAUGUGUCCUCCAUCCGUCAUUUUGGUACAACCAAUUCGUACAGUACCGAACCAGGGGAGUUAGAGCAUUGUACCCCGAAAGGCAGGUACCAUCGCACCGAUCGAAGGACCUUUGUUCGUCAACUGACUCAAAUUGAACGCCGCAAGACGCGCUUGCGCUGCAUCAAACAACGACAACAGCCAGCCUCUCACGCAGGGGUACCUGAAAUGGCCAACAAUCCCCAACUCCAACAUCAUAUAGGCCAAAGCGAGAAAAUGUAUGAUGAUUUUGGUCAGUACCUUCGCGACCACAAAGGAGAUCCUGCUAUGAGGGAUUUCCUGCCUGGAUUAAAAACCCAUAUUCUCGAUCGCCUCGAGCCAGAAACUACCCAAUUGCCUCUAGAGAGAUCAGCUCUUACCGACCAGCACAAUACCAUCCUCUUCAAGCGGAAUCAGAUAUAUCACCACAACCUCACACGAUUCAACUAUACCACCUAUGACAUUCGAAGAGCUCAAGACGUCAUAAACACAAGGACUCAGCAUUGCAACAUUAUGCUACUCGCAAAUCACAGUGAUGAUGGGCACUACCUCUAUGCCAAAGUCAUUGGGAUCCACCACAUCAACAUUGUGCGUGUCGCCAAUGUUGCAAAUUCACGCAUGGGACUCACAUACUUUGGGCCAAGUUCGCUUCCGGCCGCUGGCACACCAGAACGUGGUUUUGUUGACCCAGGGAUGGUUCUUAGGGUGUGUCAUAUCAUCCCGGCCUUUUCUCAAGGCCAGCGCAAUCCAGGUGAAUCUGGGAUUUCUCCUCUUGUGGGUGACAAGCAUGAUUGGCAUGAAUACUAUGUUAAUAGCUUCAUUGAUCGCGAUACACUCAUGCGCUUUCAUUAUGGCCUUGGGGUAGGUCAUGUUUAUUCUCAUGAAGCAGGAGUUGUGGAGAUGACAGUACGGACAGAACAUGAACCUUCAGAAAGUGGAGGCCUCAUGGAGCACACACACUGCCAAAUUCCCGGUGACGAUGAACAGGACGAAGACAAAGACGACGAUGAAGAUUACGUGGGCGUGGAGGAGCAUGGCUUUUUCGAUCAGGCAGUCAAUGCCAGCACUGAAUCACUCAUGCAGGCACUAGACAAGAUGUUUCUGGCCGGUCACACAUUCGAUUAUGAAAAUUAA